AUGAUCGCACCCUCAAGCGACAGGUGUCCGCUCAGUCUGCGUCUGGUGGACAUCGAUGCCAGGAGCUGUGGAGCGCGAGACCUGGAGCAGUCGCUGGCCCGCGAUCAGAUUCCCUUCACCACGACGCAUAGCCGAGGUAUUUGGGAAUGGCUAGACCUCCAACAUCUUCGUGCUUCACUCACCGCCACCUCUGCAGAUGGGCAUGUAGAUCACACAACUUCUGCCACACUGGCCGACAAGAGCUCCAACACCAGCUCCAGCUCUCUUUUGCUGCAGUCUUCAGCUAGCGUCGCAACAAAGACGUCCACAACAGCUCAUCCUUCCCCUUUACCCUCUCUGCCUACCUCGUCUUCAUGCUCCACCUCCUUCUCCGAUUCUGUCUCUGCCUCUGCCGACGGCAGCGCCUCUGCUGGGCGGAAAAGACGAGGCAGUGAUGCUCAUUUGCUGGAUGCGCAGUCUACUCCUCACAAGACGAGGUCAUCUCCGGCAUCGAUGAGCAGCCAGUCUAAUACGUAUGUCGACAGCAUCGGCGCCCAACUCAUGGGCGACGUUCAAGGCAAACAUUGCCCGCAAUACCUCGUCGUCGAGCUUGCAGAGGGCGGACAGGCUUUGCUCAACGCUUGGCUGCAAGAUGAUGGACUGAAAGAAAAGCUCAAUCAUCUGAGACGCUUCUUGGUGAAGCGCAAGGGCAAUGAGAACGAUCUGCACCGGCUCAUCACAGACUUCGUCAAUCAGCUCGCAGACGUUUGCGCUCGCCCGCUUGAUGCGGAUGCCGAGGCCAAGGCCGAAUGCGCCGGCUGGCCAUCAGCUGCUCGAAUGCUACUCUGCCAGCGUCGCGCAGUAGCGCAAGGAGACGCCAGCGUGGUGAGUGUCGCCUCCGUUUGCUACAGCGUAAUGCUGCGCUGGCACAUCCACGUCCAUAUCCACGCGCUCAAGCUCGAGCACUUGCUUUCAUUUCCCGCCUGCCUGCGCGCAGACCCUUUGCGAGCAAAGUUUGACAUCUGAUGAUGAGCGAGCGGAGAAUUCGUUGCGACCCGACAUUACCUUUGGCGAUGCGGAUGUGUCUGCGAUUCACAAACCUCGUAGACGGUGGAGCGACAUCACCGCAGUCAUAGAGGUCAAGUUGCAGCGCAAUAAAGAUGGUCGAGCCCACAUUAUGCAGCAAAUUCUUUGCUAUUCGGUGAGUCACGCCGCACGGGCCGCCAAGCCUCGCUCGAUGUUCACCCUUGUCCGCUAAUCAAGCAACGCUCCUCUCUAGCGCAACCUCCUUUGCGACCAUCCAGUGGCCCGGUGGGUUCAUGGGGUGACGUGGUGUGGCGAUCUAGUCAGGCUUUGGCAGGUUGAGGCGAAUGGGUACGCCGUCAGUCGCGCCUACUCAAUCCACAGCGAGGCAGACGUUGCAGAGAUCGCAAAGAUCAUGCUACUGUGCAUGCAUCCCCAUGUCCUGCCAUCCUGGGAUCCAAGGCGAACAGGCAGCAUUCAGCGCAGUCCAUCUGCAUGCAUUGGUCUACACCAAGACGAGGCAAAAAGGGCGAAAGUCUUCAUCAGACCCGCACUCGUAGGUUCGCGCACCGUCUUGUUCUGCUUCGACCGCUCUGCUGUGGACGUCAAGAAGUCGAGCCUGGUCGACAACGAGCGCCAAGCGCUCUCUGCAAGCGGGAGCACUCUCUUUGUCAAGGCGACUUGGCGCACUACUCGCCUCUUUAGUCGCGAGACGAACAUUCUGCAACGCAUUCAGGCAGGGAAGCGCUUGCUGCGAGAGAGCCAAAAUGGGAUGUGGAAGGAUAUAGUUGCCCCACUCCCGUUUGGGAUGGUGCAAGAGGCCGGAUGGGAGACGCAGAUUCGCCGCGGCACGACUCUGAGAUUGGACAUUUCAGCCUUCUGCCAACCAUUUGGCCAGUCCAUCUCUCCUUUGACCGCAGAGGUCGAUUUAGCGCAAGUAUUUGGCCAGUUUUGCAGGCAGCUUGCAGCGUAUGCGGAAAUCGGUGUGCAUUACCGCGACCUCAACGCCGGUAAUGUGCUCAUGCUCCCUCACACACAACAAAGCUGCGCCCGCCUGGUGCUGGCGGACCAUGGCAAUGCUCGAUUUGGGGCCAGUCGUCUAGCACUUACCUUGAGUCACUCGGAGGAUGAAGAGGGCUGGCUGCAGAUCGCCGACGACGACGCUCGCUCAGCAAACAGUCGCUUUCUCCCCGUCUCGGCGCACGAUGGCGCGCGAUACGUCGCAGAGCAUAAGGACAUGGUCGCCGAAUAUUCUGCGAGCGAAAAGUCCUUGAUGGGCGCCUCGACUGACGAAGAGAGAGCUGACUUGGAGGCCGAUCUUGAGGCAACUGGCAAGAAAAUUGCGCUUCUUCGCAAGAGCGCAUAUCUCUGUCUUCACAGGUACACUGAUGACUUGGAGUCUCUGCUGUAUCUUCACUUGGACACGUUAUCCUCUAAAUGCCCAAAACCGGGUCUCAACCUAGCGAAGUCAGAAUUGCCGACGCUCGCGGAGCGGAUCCACAAGCAUUUAGACAAGGCGACCAAAAAGACACACUGGGAUCUCUCUUGGCGAAGUGUAAGUUGACUCGGUCCACGUGUCUCAAGGGGUGGAGAGUGACACUGAGCUUUUGUGCAUGUCACAUGCCUCCUUGUCCUGCAAGCUCACCAGGGACUUGCAUUCGGCGUCAAUCACAACAGCGGCAUGGGCUGAUACUAUUUACAGGGUGCAUGGCGCUAUAAGGCGAGGCCAACGUGCCAUGCAGACAAUCUUGUCGGAUCACUUCGACAAGGAGAUUGCUCUGGUGCCGCACGGCUCCAAGCAGCCUAGGAGAGUCUCGCAGCUGCCGAUCCAGGAUGUCGAGCGCCACUGUUUCCGAGAAGUUGCUGGGCUUUUCGAAACGUUUUUGGAGGAGUAUCACGGGAAAGUGAGUUACUUGUUCUCUGUGUCUGAUUCAGGCCUCUCUUUGCUUGCCCGCCCUGUGCCAUGAUGACCGAGCCUUGCCCCCCGAUGCGAUGUCCCCAAAUAGCAUCUCGAGCGCUUCGGAGAGACUUGCGACUUCUAG